GACUCAGAAUGCAGAAGUCGUCCGUCACCUAGCAACAGCGUUAGCUUUUAGCCGAAUAUUUUAACAUUUUUUCACAUUUUCUCUGGUAUUUUAUUCACAAAACCAUGGUUUUAGACGCUGGGUGUUAAGAUACGACAUCACGACAGGUUGUAGUUGAUUUAAAGGGCUAAAAUGGAGGGGAUAAAGACGGAAUCGGUGGAUUUUGUGAAGGAGUUUCAGGAGUAUUUGAGCCAGCAGACCCAGCACGUCAACAUGAUCUCAGGCUCAGUGUGUGGAGAGAAGGAGCCAGCGGGAGAACAACACUAUCAGAGUCAUAUACACGAGUCCCAGGCUGCAGCCCACAGCCCGGUGGAGCCCUCUCCCCCAGACAUGAGCCUGUCUCUGGGGGAGGCUCCCGAGGUGCAGAUGGAGGGACUGGAGAGAACCAGCGACGGGAAAUACAAGUGCAGCUACUGCAGCUACAGCAACAAGGGCAUGGCUCGCCUCGUAGAGCACAUACGCAUUCACACGGGAGAGAAGCCUCACCGGUGCCAGCUGUGCCCGUUCGCCUCUGCGUACGAGCGCCACCUGGAGGCCCACAUGCGCUCGCACACCGGAGAGAAGCCGUACAAAUGCGACCAGUGCUCCUUCCGCUGCAGCGAUCGCAGUAACCUGUCCCACCACCGGAGGCGCCGUCACAAGCUGCUCCCCUCCCGAGUGCCGCGCCUCCAGCAGUUCAACAACAAACGAAUCCACAGCGUGUUACAGAAGAGGCAAAACUCUCUGGGAUACGCGCGGAGACUGGUUUUAAACUACAACCCGGCCCAAAUGCUCAUGCAGAAAACGGAUUAUCUCAACGAAUUUCCACACAGACAGCACGAUUUCCGAAAUAUCCCGAAUUUGGAUGAAAACCGAGCUUGUUUACCUUUCACAAAUCCUCUAGACCAGCUUUCUACGUUGGCGGGUCAACUCUCCGAUCCGACGCCAGAUUCCAGCGAAAAUUUAAACGAAGAGAAGCCAAUUAUCAUCCAACAGAUCACGAGUCAAGCCAAGUGCGUGAGCAGCGCCCAGACGUCGUCCAGUCCGACGUCGCAGAACUGCAGCCCCACUCCGGGCCUGAGCUUCGAACACAACGUGAACGGCAGCAGUCAGGCCAACUCGCCGACGCGGGCCACUUUAGACGAAGAAACCCAACAGAAAUGCGUCUACUGCGACAUCCAGUUCGCAGAUAAUAUUUUGUACACGAUUCACAUGGGCUGCCACCGGUUCGAUCAGCCGUUUCAGUGCAACGUGUGCGGACAUCUGUGCAAAGACAAGUACGAUUUCGCUUGUCACUUCGCUCGCGGGCAGCAUAAGAAGCGAGCGAACGACUGAAUGAAUAUUAUUGAUGCUUUGAUGUAUGUCUAUGGAGGAAUGUUCAGCAGUUUCCAUGGUGACACAGCGCAGCCUCACAAGUUUGUAGACCGUCUCAAGAUAAAAUACACAGCGGGUUUAAAACAGCACAUUUUCAGGAGCUUGCGAUCAAUCCGAGCUCAUGGUCCCGUUCAGGAGUUUGACUUUCAACAAAAAGGUGAGUGACUAACCGGAAAACUGUUGGCUAAUGCUAAUGCUAGCGUGCGACUGUAAUGUUAUUCGAGAGUCGUGUGUGACGGCACAAAUCGGCUCACCUGUCGUAGUUCCAGCUAAAUCAGUUCUUUCUGGUCUUGAUUGGGCUAAAAUAAAGCUCAGAUUAAAAUAUAACUUGAAUAACAAAGCUUCAGACAGAGCAGUGCCUACGGUUAGCAUCACACCCCAAGGGAAUGUUGAUUAUCUCAGUUUUUUAUUAUUUAUUUAUGUCAUAAGUUUUGAUUUUAUAAUUUUAUCUUCCAUUUU